UUGAGAACAUGAGCAUCCACUGUAACAAAGUGGGCAGCAGUGAUCACAUCUCUGAUGUGGAGGCUAUGGAUACGUCAGACAGUCCAUGGUGUUGGUUUUACCUGGCUGAGUGUGGCACGUGGCAUAUGUUCAAGAAUGAUGCAGCGUGCUCUUUGAGCAGCGAGGAGGUAGAAUGGGCUUACGGCAGAAAUCCGAGAGGCUGUAUGGAAUUUUCUACAGCCACGUGCUGCUUCAAAUUAGAUUUCUCAGCAAUGGUUCAGAUAAACUGUAUCACUGGAAAGCAGCAACCAAUCAGACGAUCCUUUCAAACAUCGAAAGGCUUCUGGUAUAAGUGUAAUGAUUCAACAACAAAUAUUCCACCGUACUGGGAAACAAUGAAUGCUGACGAAGUUUUUCAGGCAGUCCCUUUGUACAGGGACACGUUUGAAUAUCAAGAGAUAAGACGACUCUUUGAGAGGACCAUGGAUGCCCCUAUAAAAACAAUACACAGAAUCCAGAACUUGGACCUCUGGGAGUUUUUCUGCCGGAAAAAGGCACAGCUGAAGAAGCUGAACCGAGCUUUGAACAUUGAGGAGAAGAAGCUGUUUCACGGCACGGACCAUGAAAAUGUACAUCCGAUAUGCAAAUAUAAUUUUGACUUGAGGUUGUCUGGAAUGCAUGGGCGUGUCUACGGUAAAGGGAUAUACUUUGCGAGAGAUGCCAAGUACUCAAGUAAAUACUGCCAAACAACAUGGAACACCAGUUUGACAACAUCCUCUGUAGGAAGCAGCACGUCAUGGAAGACCGUGUUUCUAGCUCGGGUGCUGGUUGGCGAGUACACGCUCGGGGAGCGUGACAUAUGCAGGCCGCCCUCCAAAGACUCCACUAGCUUCUACGACAGUUGUGUGGACGAUGUUGCAAACCCCAAGAUUUUUGUGAUCUUCGACAGCAGCCAGAUAUACCCUGAAUAUGUGAUAGAGUUUUGAUGUGUUGUUUAGUGGGACCUAAUGGACAUAUUGACCCCAUCAAAGCACAUGAGCUACACCAUUCUUUGUUAUUUAAUGUCAAAAUGUUACAUUGUGUUACACAUUUUGAGAAUUUUUUUUUCCUUACUAAUUUCCUUGCACUUUCUUUCUAGCCCACAUGAUGGCAGGCUACUUCAAAACAAAAUCACAACAGUCAUAAUACCACCUUCAGAAACUCACCGGUGUUGUGUCUACAAAGACCAUCGGCUACACAACGGUUCAACAGAAGGAAAGGGCGAGGCUUCAAUUUUCCAUAUACCUGCACCAAGUUUGCCAGUUUUUCAUCUGUAUUUUAAUUUUUCCCCCAAGUGAUGUAGAAGCACGUGAAGACAGGCCUUCAAAGUACAACCGUUUGUAGAGUGAAGAGAAGACUUUUUCGCUGAGAUGUACAUCACUUUGGAGAAAAGCGUCUGCUAAAUGAAUAAAUGUAAAUGUAAGACAAGCAUCUCAGCUGUCUGACCUGCCAUCCUGCAAAGAUAGUCAAAAAAAUUAUAUACAGUAUAUUUUAUUAAA